AUCUGUCCUGCGCUAACAACGCUGGAGUAGCACAUAAGUCAGUGCUCAUCACACAAAUGAAACUAUGCAUUUGCAGCUUUGCUCUCUUCUCCUCCAGGCUCCGGCGUCACCAUGAGCGAUCUGGAAAGCCAAAGCCAAUCAAGAUCAGAAGCAUCCAUUACCCCUAAAUACAUAUAUUCAUGGGACGAGAUACGGAAAAUGGAAAAAGAAAAUCGAUUGGACGAACUUAUGAGUGGCGCCAGCUGCGUGAACGAGUCCACUGGGCCUUCUGAUAUUGAAGUUGCCGCCUCUUAUGCGCUCCACGUGCCAAGUCCAGGUCUGUAUCAUUAUCAGGAGUAUAUUGCUAUCUACUACUCCCUCCAUCCUAUAUUAAGUACUCUCUCCGUUCCUUGUACUUGUGCAGUAUCCCCACCCGAUCUUGCUCGGGAUUCUUCUUACCGUCUCAAGCCGCCUUCAGAGCUCCAUAAACAGGUCUUCACGACAGGAUUACAUCCAGGAACAACUCCAAGGAACAGGUCCUCCCCCCAACAUCUACCCAGAACUGAAGGAUCUGAUCAACACCUCCGGUAUCUGUCACCAAGCAAGAAGAAAGCACUUCACAGAGAUAUUGACCUUAACUGUACCCCUGCUCCUUUCGACCUUAAUUGUCCUUUUGGGGAAGAUCCAGUUGUACAAGAUGGAACGAAUGAGCUAAUCAAUGAGAAAACCAGUGAAGGACAAUUUGCGCAAGCUACAACAGAAAACAAACCCGUUGUUGUAUCUGAAGAAUUUUUUGAGAGGACGUCCAGGAGAUUGGAAGACGCAGUUCCUACAAGAGGUGACUACAGAAAGACACGGCCCACCAUCUACAAGGUUCCCAGGGAACUUAAAAAGGGGUAUGAGGAGGAAGGCUACGAGCCGGUCGCUGUUCGCAUAGGCCCCUUUAAAUAUACUGACGGUUGGAGCAGCACGGUGCAGCAGCUCGAGAACUACAAAUGGUGCUGUGUGCGGCAGUUGCUCUUGAGCCGGCCUAAGUCUUCCGGGCACUUAAGAUGCAGUACUAGCACAGAUUCAGGGCAGCUAAAGCUGUUGUUGAAGAGCAUGAAGCGUCUGGAGCCAGUGAUUCGAGCGUCCUACUCCGAAGAAAUCGAGCCGGCCUGCAGCGAUGGCCUGGCACUCAAGAUGCUACUCGACGGCUGUUUCAUCCUCCACCGCUUGAUGAAGUACGCACGCAUCGCGGAGAGGGAAGCUCAGGGUGGUCAACAACAACAACGACUCGAAAAGGAUAAUGAUGAUGACUGGACUCAGGUUUUCGGCAGAGUCUGGGUGUGGCAGUUAGUGGCAAGUGACCUACUGCUACUUGAGAAUCAGAUACCUUUCUCCGUGCUGCUUAAUAUCUUUGAGCAUCUCCAGAGUACUACUGACAAAGACGAUGCCCAGGUCCUGGUGAAGGGCAGCCUCCAGCUUUUCCACUCUCUCUGUCCACAGAUGCCACAACGUGAAGCUAAAGAAAUUGAUUUCCACAAUGUACACCACCUACUACAUCUCUUGUACCUCUCCCUACUCCCCAAACCAAAACCCAACCUGAGUGACCACGACAGCAAUAAGCAGGACAAUGGUCCUGCUGUUGAAAUUGAUGUUUCCCCACAGUGGAUACCGUGUGCCAAGGAGCUGGAGGAGGCUGGGGUCAGGUUCAAAAAGAGAAAAGACACCACAAGCUUCCUGGACAUCAACUUCGACAUCCACAGCGGUGUCCUUGAGAUCCCGCCGCUGCAGCUCUAUGACUCCAGCGACAAGUUGUUCCGGAACCUGAUCGCCUUCGAGCAGACAUACCCAGGCACCCGGUAUGACAUCUCUACCUAUGCCAUCUUCAUGGACUGCCUAAUCAACACGCCUGAGGACAUGCGGAUCCUGCACCUGCGUGGGAUCCUUGUCAACCAGAUCAAUGGUGAGAGCGACGCCAGCCGCUUCUUCAACAGGAUCUGCUCGCAGGUGCUCUGGUCCAACAAAAACUACCUGAAAGAUCUCAUGCUCGAGGUCAAUAAAUACAGUGGCUCCAGGCUGCAUAAGUGGCGUGCCCAGCUUGUGCGAAACUACUUCAGCAACCCUUGGGUGGCAAUGUCCGUCGUGGCUGCUGUGCUCCUGCUCGGAAUGACCAUUCUGCAGACCACUUUUACAGUCUAUCCCUACUUCAAGCCUCCAAAAUAAGGAAAUCAGGUCAGUAAAAUGUUUCUCGGGAAUUUUUUCUCUUCUCCAGUAAACGUCAAUCGCCCGCUAGCUGCAUCCAUGAUGAUUGCGUUAAUGGUGUCUGUAUCAAUGAUUUUGGUUGUACAUAAUAGAGCACUUUUAUUUUGUAAUGCAUCCAUGCAUGCAUGAACACUUGUUAUUAUUAAUAUAAAGAUGUGUAGUUGUUGUUGUAGUCUCCUGGUGUACAUUAACUAAUUGCCAUUGGUGUGUUUCUCAUCUACUACGGCGUCCACACUUCACACUUCACAUCUCUUAACUACCUCUUGGAUGGAAACUGCUAAGAGGAACAGAAAUAAGUAGAAGGAUAGCAACAGUUUUCAGGAUAAAAGCUAAGAGUGGAAGGAAUCAACUAUCAACGGACUCAAGAAACGAAUUAUGUGGUUCAAAGCUGCAGCAGAUGAGCAAUCGAAGGGAGAGGAGAAGCAGAGGAUAGAAAGACGGCACCUUUCUGCUUUUUCUCUCUGUCUGCCUUGUUUGUCUCGGGGUAAACUGAAGCCACGACGAUGUAUGUUGUCGAGCCUUUGUAGUCAACUAACGUAUCAACAAACGAAUAUAUUUGGUUUCACUUCUUCA